AUGAAAGGUCCAGCGGUCACUUUGAUUCUGGCCGGCCUAGUUGCCGGCCUCGUUACACCCAGCAGCAAUUUGGCGUUUUCGGCCCAGCAGCUCGCCGCGCAGAGCGCACCCAACGCUGUCUCCAUGGCUUCAAUGCAGAGCCUGAAGAUGCAACAGCGAGAAAGCGAUCGUGCGGAUGGCAUGUACGCCGCUGAUCGCUAUGCCGCGCAGGCUGCUGCAAAGUGUUCGAACGGCAAAGCUGGCGAGUACAGCUGCCGCAACGUGGAUCUCGCAGGCUUCCUUCGUCACCAAGACACUGGGAGUGGUCAGCGCGAAGGAAACGAUCUAUGGGCUUGGACUUCUUCUACCGGUCGGGAAUUUGGCAUUGUUGGCCAGACUGACGGUACAGCUUUUGUCGAGGUGCUCAAGGACGGCAGCCUACAGUACAUUGGCCGCCUGCCCACGCAGACUGAGAACUCGGUCUGGCGCGACAUGAAGGUCAUCGGCGACUAUGCCUACAUUGGUGCUGAGGCUGAAAAUCACGGCCUGCAGGUGUUUGACCUCACCAAGCUCCUGGCUCUCGAUUCCCAAAACCCCAAAACGUUCGACAUCGACAGCGACCUCACCGCGCACUACAGUGACUUUGGCAGCAGCCAUAACAUUAUUGCCCACGACACCACCAACACCAUUUCUGCUGUUGGCACCAAGCCCGCGGACGGGUGCAGCGCUGGUCUUUGGAUGAUCGACGUUUCCGACCCGAGCAGUCCCAAGAAGACAGGCUGCGUCAGCGAGGAUGGCUACGUCCACGAUGCGCAAUGUGUCAUCUACAGCGGUCCCGACCAAAAGUACAAGGACCGCGAGAUUUGCUUCAACUACAACGAGGACACGCUCACUAUCGUCGACAUUACGGAUCGCGCGCGCCCGAAACAGCUCUCCCGCACGACGUAUAAGGGGGCAACGUAUACGCAUCAAGGUUGGAUCGCUGAUGCGGGGAUGCGCUACCUUCUCCUUGACGACGAGCUUGACGAGCAGUCCAAGACGGGCCCGGCCGCCGACCAAAAGACAACUACCUACAUUGUCGACGUCUCGAACCUGUCGCGGCCGACGUUUACUGGCGUCUACAAGAGCCCGGCCAGGUCGAUUGACCACAACCAGUAUGUCGUCAACGGACUCUCCUACCAGGCCAAUUACGCCUCCGGUCUGCGCAUCGUCGAUGUUUCGUCCGUCACCAAGGAUCCUUCUGGCGCUGGCUUCAAAGAGGCUGGGUUUUUCGAUGUCCACCCCGAGGAUGAUGAUGUUGGCGGCAAGGCCACAUUUAAUGGCGCGUGGUCUGUUUAUCCGUGGCUCAAGAGUGGUUACAUUCUCGUCAACAGCAUUGAGCGUGGUGUUUUCUCUCUCAAGUAUACUGCAUAA